AUGACUGAACCAGAAGUUGCACCAUAUGGAGGAUUCUUAGUAAAAUCUUUAGAAGAUGAAUCAGAAAAUUUAAAACAAUUACAACAACAAUCAAUAGAAAUCACUACUGCGCAAGGCACAAUUGAAACCAUUCGUCCAGAAGCCAUUAAAAUCACUGGUGUUGAUAAUUUAUCCACUAAUGAUAUUCAAAAUUAUGUUGAUUAUUAUAUUAAUUAUACCACCACGAUAAUAAACCCUGAAACUAAUGAAUUAAAAUAUGAAUUAGUUCCAUUUGAUCAACUGAUUGAAUUUAAAAUUGAAUGGAUUGAUGAUAGUUCGGUAAACAUUGCUUUUAAGACUAUUGAUGAUUGUUAUAAAGGAUUACAAAAGAUCAGUGAAUCACCAAUAUUGGAAAAAUUGGGCACACAAGAAUACAUUGAACAAAGUAUAAUUGAACGGAAAGGAAAAUCAUAUAAUCCAAUAAUUGAUUUCAAAAAACAUCAAAAUUUAGCUAAUCGAUUGAAGUUGGCAAAUGAAAGUAAGAAUACUGACAAUAAUGAAGUCAAGACUGAAGAACUGGAUAGUGGUGAUGCCAAUGGUGUUGGUGCUAGUACUGGUGAUAUGGAAGAAGAUGAAGUGUUUGUGGAAUUGAUUAUACGUCAAUCAUUUCAACUGGAUAGAAAAGUUAAAAAUGCAUCACAAUAUUCUCGAUAUUACUUGAUUCAUGGAGAACCAGAAAGACGACCACGGAAACAUCUUAAUCCACAAAGAAGAAAUAAAUAUCCUACUGGUUAUAGAUCUAGAAGAAAGAAUGAGGGGAAUGACGAUGAUCAAGAAGAUUUGUUUGCUGAUAAAUUAAAGGGUGAAAGACAAAGUAGAAGUAAUAAUAGAAACAUUGUUGUCGGGGGUGAUGAUGAUGAAGAAGACUUGUUUGCUGAUAAAUUGAAACAAUCUAAAAGAGAUAGAUCGAGAUCACCAAUGAGAAUUGAUAGCGAAGACGUAUCAUAUAGACAAAGAUGA